AUGGAGGUGCAAAAUGGUGCUGAUGAUGAGGGCAAGCAGGGCUCAGAGGGGCCUGCUAAGGUUGCUACAGAAGAGAGCGUAGAGACUGCUCGCCCCCAACAGGAGAAGAAAGGCGGUGAAGAAGAUGAUGAAGAAGAUGAAGAUGACGAUGAUGAGGAUGAAGAGGACGAGGACGACGAUGAGGGCGGUCCGGUCAAGAGACAGCGUCAAGAGAGGAACAGGUUCCUGGAUAUUGAAGCUGAAGUCAGCGAGGACGAUGAAGAUGAUGAGGAUGAGGAGGAGUCCGAGCUUGUGAGGGAAGGUUUCAUCACGAGGGAUGACGAACACGACGACGACCCGAGUGCGAACAGAGACGAUAGACUGCACAGAGAACUGGAUUCAAAUCUGAACAAGACAUCCGAAGAGGAGGCCCGGAGAAUGGCAAGGGAGUUGAAGGAGAGGUACGGUAGAGCGGACUCCAGACAGUACAGGGCCGCCACAGAGGAGGGCCACGUCCCACAAAGAUUCCUGUUGCCCAGUGUCGACACAGCGAUCGUGUGGGCCGUUGGGUGUAAUAGAGGUAGGGAAAAGGAUCUUGUGAAGAAACUGCUCAAGAGGAAACUUACCCUAGAUAGAGCACCGGGUGGGAAGAAAUUGAAGAUCCUGUCUAUCUUCCAAAGAGACUUCAACGUCGGUACCAUCUACAUCGAAGCACCCAAACAGUCCGUCAUCGAGAAAUUCUGUAACGGUAUCCCAGAGAUUUACCCACAGAGGAAGAAACUGAUCCCAGUGCAAGAACUGCCCGCAACGCUGAAACCAAACAAGUCUGACGAUGUGCCCCUAGAGGAGGGCAACUACGUACGGAUUAAGAGAGGUGUGUACAGGGGUGACCUUGCCAUUGUCGACCAGAUCAGUGAGAACAACUUGGAGGUCAUGCUGAAGAUUGUGCCUCGUCUAGAUUACGGUAAGAGCGACAUAGUCGACCCGCAAACGAAGCAAAGAAAGAUGAAGAACCCAACGUACGCGAACAGGCCGUCUCGACAACUGUUUAACCCGACAAUGGCGUUGAAGGAGGAUCAAGCCAAUCUGUACAAGAGGGACGACCACCAUUUUACAUAUAGGAACGAGGACUACAUUGACGGGUUUUUGUACAAGUCGUUCAGGAUCCAGUACGUCGACACGAAGGACGCGAUCCCAGAAUUUGACGAUACGACGUGGUUCGAGUCCAAGGACGGGAAGGUCGAUCUGACCCGUAUCUCACAGACAGUCAAGAAGCACCAGGCCUCCAAAGUAACAUUCCAAGCGGGUGAUCGUGUCGAGAUAUUGUCUGGUGAACAGCGUGGCUCGAAGGGGUUUGUCACAAAGACGACGACAGAGAUCGCUACAGUUAAACUCCCCGACUUGAACCCACUGGAGUUUCCGAUAUCGACCCUUAGAAAGAUCUUCGAGACCGGUGACAACGUUACCGUUGUUAGCGGGAACCACCAAGGUGACUCCGGGUUGGUAGUCUCUGUGCGACAGGGCCAAGUGACGUUCAUGUCGACGCAGACACGUCAGGACGUGACCAUCACUGCGAACAACCUGUCUAAGUCGAUCGACUCCACGGCGACAUCGAGCGAAUACGCGCUGCACGACAUCGUUGAGUUGAGCGCGAAGAAAGUCGCUUGUAUCAUUCAGGCGACGCACGACUUCUUUAAAGUCAUCGACGACGCCGGGAAAGUCAGCACCAUCAACAAGUGGACGAUCCUGAGCAAGAUCAACCCAGCUAGAACCCGUGUCGCUACCGUGGACAGCAAGGGUAACGAGAUCAAGAUCGGCGACAUGGUUGUGGAGAAACUCGGCGCGAGAAGGGAGGGUCAAGUGCUUUUCAUCCACAACCAGCAGUUGUUCGCAAUGUCGAAGAAGAUACUGGAGAACGCUGGUGUGUUCGUGGUCAACUCUUCGAACAUCGAGGCCAUGGCGUCGAAGAGCAACAUAUUGAACACGCGUCUGGACUUGAACAAGAUGAACCCAGACUUCGUGUCCGGGAUGCACCCACCAAGUUCGACCAGUACUGCCCCCAUCGCUGCACCUGCGAGAAUGGGCCGUGAGGUCGCACUGGGGAAGACCGUCAAAGUGCGCACGCCAGGGUACAAAGGCGCGCUCGGUAUAGUGAAGGACGUGAGCGGCGAUAGGGCGACUGUCGAACUGCACACGAAGAACAAGCACAUCACCGUUGACAAGAGGAAACUGACGUAUACGAACCGCGAGGGACAAGGCGGUAUGACGUACGACGAGCUGGUCAACAACCGCGGGAGGGUCCCUUACUCGCGGAUUGGGCCCAGCUACGUCAGUGCGCCACGCGGGAUGGCCGCUGGUCAAGCACUUGGCGGUGCAGGUCCUCAGGGCGAACUCCCAGGAGGCAUGACGCCCGACUGGGGGGCCUUCAAUGGGGGGAAGACGCCAGCCGUGAACUCUCACGGUGGUGCUGGCGGUGGUGCGUCUACUUGGGGGAACUCUUCUACGUGGGCUGGUCAGAAUGCCGGUGCGUCGUCCACAUACGGCGGUGCUUCCGCGUGGACGGGCCAAGGUUCUGGUGCGACGUCGACGUGGGGGGUGGCCUCCGCUUGGGGGAACAAGUCCAGCUACGGCGGUGCGUCUACGUGGGCCUCCAGUGGUGAACCCACGGGAGCACAGUCCACCUGGGGCGGCGGUAAUAAGUCGAGUUACGGCGGUGCUUCUACGUGGGGGGUCGGUGCCUCGAACAAAGAGGGAGGCUCGUCUACGUGGGGCGGCGGUGACAACCGUGCCACGAAACCAGUAGGUAGCACACACAACAACAACCAACAGCAGGGGAACUCGUCUACUUGGGGCGCCUCCUCGGGCACCAGCGGCGGGAACAGCACCUGGGGCGGGCACUGA